AUGAAGUGCAGUUCACACAGUGAACAUUACUCAGACCUAACCUAUGCUAAGUCAAACUAGGAGGCAUUACAAACUACAAGAUCAAGAUGAUACAAGGCAAAACAAGUGCUGGAUGGUACAUGUGUAGCAUGAAAGAGGGGAAUUUAAGUGACUUUUCAGCCAUCUUUGACACCAGAAUAGGGCAGGGGAAAAAAUCUUUUCAGGAAAUAUAAAAAAAAUAAAAAAUGUUCUUGAAGCAAAAGAAAAUAAAUAAAAACAAUUAAAUAAAUGUUUUAUAACAAAAUUGCUAUGUACAAUUUUGUUUGCCAGUCACUGUUACUUUUUUUGUUUGAAGGGAUUUCCACAAUCAUUGAGCCAAUAGAGAAACAUGCUGGCACACUCCCAGUAUCAAUAUCUCUGUAAAAGGCCCUUCUGUUCAUCUGGGUUAAACUACCAAGGCAGCUGUGUCUCUGCAGUGCAGUCCGUAGGGUCUCCUGCAAAAACGAUGCCAGGAACAGAAGAACCUGCCGUUGUCCAUUUAUGAACAUGGUGCAACAUUAAAGAUAAACCAUUCGUCUGUGACCACACUCAACAACAAUGGGGAGAAAGAAAAUUCAGAUCUCACGGAUUCUUGACCAGCGAAACCGACAGGUGACCUUCACCAAGCGGAAGUUUGGGCUGAUGAAGAAGGCCUACGAGCUCAGCGUGCUGUGCGACUGCGAGAUCGCCCUCAUCAUCUUCAACAGCACUAACCGCCUCUUCCAGUACGCCAGCACCGACAUGGACAAAGUGCUGCUCAAGUACACCGAGUACAGCGAGCCCCACGAGAGCAGGACCAACGCAGACAUCCUGGAGACCCUGCGCAGGAAGGGCCUGGGGCUGGAUGGGGCGGAGCUGGACGCAGAGGAGGCCGUGCAGGUGGCUGCGGAGAAGUACCAGCAGCUGAACGAGGGCCUGGACCUCACCGUGGCACGCCAGCGAUACUACGCACCCCCUGUCCUCGCUCCAGAGGCCCAGUACUUGGUGGCCACAGGCUGUGAGAACGGAUUCAGUGCCCCUGGCCUGGGGGCGCACCGGACCCCAGCCUUCAAGCCCGUCGGGCCGAAACUGGGCUCCCCGGGAGCACACCACACGCUCUCUUCUCUCGUACCCCCACACUCAGGCAUUGGCUACUCGAUGUUCUCCCAUGGCAACCUGAGCAGAGCUUUGGAGAUGAAGACUCCACCCCCCCUGAACCUGGGCUGUGAGAACCGGCGAGCCGAGGCACACCCCGGUCUGCCUGGUGCGCGCGCCAACCUGAGCAGCGCGAGGGUGCUUUACCAAGGCAUGCACUCUGGGAGCCAUUUGAUGGGCGUGGGCAAAGCGGGGCUUCUAGGUCACAGUCUGGGGGAGUACGGCCUCUCCCCUGCUGGCAUCCCUGAAUACCCCCACCCGAGCUUCUCUCAUUCUGUGAACCUACAGCGAAACUCAGUGAGUUCCUGGCAGCCAGCACAGCACCAAGAGGCACACGCGUCUCACAUCGGUCCAGGAGUGCCCGAUGGAGGGUGUGCAUUUUCGGCGCAGACGUCCCCGUCCUGCUCGCCGGCUCAUUCCUCCCUCAACCUCAGCAUCAAAUCAGAGCGGCUCUCCCCAGAGCACACCUGCUCCCCGGCCACGCCCCCUCUGCACCACAUGAUGCAUCACUCGCCUAUCAGCAGCGCGCAUUCCGUGGGCUCGAUCGGUCAGGAGCCGUAUGCAGCCAAUGAGAGGGAGGGCUUCCAUAAAGGGACGUACCCAGCUCAGCAUAAUGCGGCCAAGGCCCAGUCAGAAGAUAAGACUCGACCGCUCACUCGGCGAUUAGAGAUUGAGGAAGGGUGGCCCAGAUAGCUGGACGGCUGCUCCGGGGGGU